GAUUAGAUGUCGUACUGAGAAUUGCCAUGUGCACUCCGGAAUGCUCUCUUUCAAUUCUUGUUGAAACAAGAAUAGAGUAUCAAAAUUGAAUUCUAUGCUUGACGUUCUCAAGCCGUCCAGCCUUCAAGACGUUCUCACCAAUCAGAUCUACUUGAUGACAACGUCAUGAUGUAUCUUUAUUGCUAAGAUUCAGUCAUUGAAGAAAUCAGCUCCAAAGGGUGACAAAAAGAAGAAGAGGGAAAUUACUGAAGAAAUCAGUCGUUUAGAAUUGGAAAUGGAGAAAAGACACGAUGAGGAAAUGGCUCAAUUAUGUGGUAUCAAUGCUAAUAUAACCAAUGUGACGGAUGAAAUGAACAAUUUGAGUGUUGACGGGGAAACAGCUGACGACGACUUGGACGAAGUUCCUGGCUUGAGGCAACACAGGCUGACUAAGGCGCAACGCAGAAGAGACAAGAAAGCAACCAUUCUGAAGGAACGCGAACUGAGAAUAUCCGAACAAGAGGUGCAGAACAUUCAUGGAGCCAGGAACGUUGAGACUGAAACCAUCAAGAAAAUUCUGAAGCAAAGAGAUCUCAUGAUUUACGAAAUUCCGUCUGAUGGAAACUGUUUAUACUGUGCAAUCGAACAUCAGCUGAAGACAGAGGAGGGUCUCGGGGCUCCCGGCGUCAAAGAGUUGAGACUGAUGACGAGCAAAUUUUUGAGAGAGAACAGUGUCGAUUUCCUGCCAUAUCUCAGUCACCCGGACACUGGCGAAAUGCUCACUGAAGUCCAGUUCCAAGAUUACUGUGAUCAAGUGGCUAAUACACCUGCCUGGGGAGGAGAGGUCGAGUUGAGAGCGCUGUCGCAUCUGCUGAAGUGCAGGUUCGAGAUAAUCCAGUCGAGCGGUGCGCCGAUUGUGAUUGGAGGGGAGUACAAGGGAGGAAAGCAGCUGGUGCUCACCUACCAUCGGCACAUGUAUGGGCUGGGCGAGCACUACAACUCGGUCCAGCCCUACCAAGUCGAGGAGAACGGCACUGAACCCAUUUCAUAGCACCUAAUGCAAUACAACUUGUUAUGCAAUUUAAUAGAAGAAUUCGCAAAAAUAUCAAACCAGAUAUUGUAACCUUUUUUUGUGCAACAGUUUGUCCCCUCCAUGUAAUUUUCGUGAGUCACAAAUUGGUAUUAUUAGUAAACUUGCAAUUCCGUUGGGUGUAUAAUUGCACUCGAAUUAGAUUUCAUACAGAUGAUUCAAUGAUGUUUCUUUCCCUUGUUUGAAACACGUAUGGUUAGUAGGCCUGCCAUAUAUCACUCCAUGUAGUACCUCCUUAUCCGCUGUGUUUCAAUUACUGUUUGAAAAUCAAUGUAUAUUUUGGAAUCGAUUAAUUGAAAUGAAGGUAGGGGUUUAUCAAGCUAUAGAAAUUCAGUGUUGGGUUUUCGAUCAUCAAUGAUUUCCUUCAUACAUGUUGUGUAUGUUACAAUCUAGUCGAUUUUAUUGAUUUAUUUAUUAAACUAGUAAACUUUGAAUUCUCAAAUAAUCACCGCAGGUAAUAAGUAUUUAUGUAUUAGAAUACUAAACAGUUGUGAUUGGAUUCUUUUUUAUAUAAUUGCUUUUAGCUCAGUAGAUUGAAUGGUUUGUUUGCAGUAUCACUGGGAAGUCAAAGUUUGUCCCGAAUUUAAUGAAAAAUAAACUAUAUGUUCUGAGUU